GUGGGGCGUGCCCACGGCCCCCGCCCCCCCCCCCCGGGGUCCCCCAGACUCUGCUUCCAGAGCAGCGAUCCCCGCGCUCCGCCCCCUUCCCUGGGAGAUCUGUGACCACUCGGGCCGGCCAGGAGAGGAGACACGGGUGUAGGGGUGCAGGGAGCCCCUACAGUGGAGCCGUCGGGAGGGGCGGAACCGAGUCACCCAGGAGUGAGGCACGGGGUCUGAGACGCAGAGCUGAGCGCGCAGUGAGCAGCAGGCUGGGACCGGGGCCUCCCGGGUGACAAGGCCCUGCGUGGCGGACAGAAGCAACCACUGAGAAUUGGGAAAAGGCAAGACCUAGAGGGGCAAGCGCCUCACUCCCGCACCUGCACCGAGGGGACCGAGGAACUAAGAGCACAUCCCCCCCACCACCUAGGACAGACGUCGCCUUGAGCGCACCCCUGUGUGCAACAGCUGCGCUCUGCGGGAAGGGGGUCCUCGCUGCUGCGUCUGGAUGGCCACCCAUCCCCCUAACCCAGGCCUCUAGGCCUUGGAGAGGAGCCCAGCUGGAAAAGAGGCCACACUCCUCGCCGCCCGCCCUGGAGAGAGAGGACGACGCUUCCCCGGUGCUCCCAGGCCCAGGAGGAGCUGGGCCAGCAACAGUGGUGACCUGGCCCCCCAGGCGGCAGCGGCCAUGUCACGGCCAGGCCAAGGUGUGAUGGUACCGGUGAACGGGCUGGGCUUCCCGCCGCAGAACGUGGCCCGGGUGGUGGUGUGGGAGUGGUUCAAUGAACACAACCGUUGGAGACCUUACACGGCCACCGUGUGCCACCACAUCGAGAAUGUUCUUAAGGAGGAUGCCCGGGGCUCCGUGGUCCUGGGCCAGGUGGACGCCCAGCUGGUGCCCUACAUCAUCGACCUACAAUCCAUGCAUCAGUUCCGUCAAGACACAGGCACCAUGCGGCCAGUGCGACGCAACUUCUACGACCCGUCGUCAGCGCCAGGCAAGGGCAUCGUGUGGGAGUGGGAGAGCGACGGCGGCGCGUGGACGGCCUACGACAUGGACAUCUGCAUCACCAUCCAGAACGCGUACGAGAAGCAGCACCCGUGGCUCGACCUCUCGUCGCUCGGCUUCUGCUACCUCAUCUACUUCAACAGCAUGUCCCAGAUGAACCGCCAGACCCGCCGCCGCCGCCGCCUGCGCCGCCGCCUGGACCUGGCCUACCCGCUCACGGUCGGCUCCAUCCCCAAGUCGCAGUCCUGGCCCGUGGGAGCCAACUCGGGUCAGCCCUGCUCCUGUCAGCAGUGCCUGCUGGUCAACAGCACGCGCGCCGCCUCCAACGCCAUCCUGGCCUCGCAGCGCCGCAAGGCGCCCAUUGCGCCAGCUGCGCCCCCAGCGCCCCCAGCGCUGCCGCCGCCGCCAGGAGGGCCUCCGGGUACACUCGCUGUGCGCCCCAGCGCCACCUUCGCCGCCGCCGGGGCUACGCUCUGGGCCGCACCUGCCGCCGGUCCCACAGAGCCCGCGCCACCUCCAGGAGUUCCCCCGCGGAGUCCUAGCGCCCCCAACGGAGCGCCCGCCCCGGGCCAGAAUAACCUCAGCCGGCCAGGACCCCAGCGAUCCACCAGCGUCAGCGCACGCGCCUCUAUCCCGCCUGGGGUUCCUGCGCUUCCUGUGAAGAACUUGAAUGGCACCGGCCCUGUCCACCCAGCACUGGCCGGGAUGACUGGGAUCCUGCUGUGUGCAGCCGGGCUGCCAGUGUGCCUGACUCGAGCCCCCAAACCCAUCCUGCACCCGCCCCCUGUGAGCAAGAGCGACGUGAAGCCUGUUCCUGGAGUGCCCGGCGUGUGCCGCAAGACCAAGAAAAAGCACCUCAAGAAAAGUAAGAACCCUGAGGAUGUGGUUCGGAGGUACAUGCAGAAGGUGAAAAACCCACCUGAUGAGGACUGUACCAUCUGUAUGGAGCGGCUGGUCACAGCAUCCGGCUAUGAGGGUGUGCUCCGGAACAAGAGCGUGCGGCCCGAGCUUGUGGGCCGCCUGGGCCGCUGUGGCCACAUGUACCACCUGCUCUGCCUGGUGGCCAUGUACUCCAACGGUAACAAGGAUGGCAGCCUACAGUGCCCCACCUGCAAAGCCAUCUACGGGGAGAAGACAGGGACACAGCCGCCAGGGAAGAUGGAGUUUCACGUCAUCCCGCACUCGCUGCCCGGCUUUGCAGACACCCAGACCAUCCGCAUUGUCUACGACAUCCCCACGGGCAUCCAGGGCCCUGAACAUCCCAACCCAGGCAAGAAGUUCACCGCCAGAGGCUUCCCUCGCCACUGCUACCUACCGAACAAUGAGAAAGGCCGGAAGGUGCUGAGGUUGCUCAUCACCGCCUGGGAACGCAGACUCAUCUUCACCAUCGGAACAUCCAAUACCACGGGCGAGUCGGACACCGUGGUGUGGAACGAGAUUCACCACAAGACGGAGUUCGGUUCCAACCUCACUGGCCACGGCUACCCCGACGCCAGCUACCUAGACAACGUGCUGGCCGAGCUCACCGCCCAGGGUGUGUCUGAGGCCACGUCUAAGGCCUGAGGCCUGAGUUGCCCGCCUUUCCUCUUGCUUUGCCCCUAGCCAGGCAUAGGCCUCCCUCCAGCAGGUGGGAGGAGCCAGAAGCGCUAAGGGGAUCAGGCUGGUGGCUGUGGGGGUGACAGGGGAAUGCCAGUCCAGCUGGCUCCAACAACCUGUGGCCCCCAGCAAGGGCAGCAGGGAUAGGAUGGCCAGAGAGGGCAACCUCCCUAUGGAAAAGAUGGAGUUUUGCCCUUCACGCCACACACACACACACACACACACACACACACACACACACGUGUCCUGUUGCACGCACACGCUCACGCACGUACACCCACGUGCCUCUGACUUCCCCCAGUCUGCAGGGGGGAGGAAAAGAGACAGAAAGGCUCCCAUUGACGACACAUCCCGUGGAUCCCCCUGUGUCUCCAUCACAUCUAUAUAGGCUCGUCCCCUUCCCAGGAUUUGGGCCAAGCGCUGGGGGAAUGGGGAAUCUGUAAGGUUUCCAGGGGCCGGUCUGCCCCUGCGCCUCACCCUCUUAACCCAUGUCAGCUCUGCCACCUGCCUGCCCACUGGGCACUGCAAGCCAAUGGGGUAGAAAUCCCAGGCUACAGAGUCGCUUUUCGCGGGCCACUGGGGACGAGGCUAUCUUAUUUUGUGCUUGUGUCUAUUUAUCUUCCUGGGACCCCCCACACACACCCUCUUCCUCCUGUGCCCAUCUCUAGACCUCUGUGUAUCCCAGGCAACGGCGUCAUUCUUGCCUCUCUCUAUGCUGGCUUCUCCCCCACUAAACCGCUCCGGACAUUUGAGACCCAAAAGCUGUAGCUUCUGGCUUCAGGAGCGAGGGGAGGCCUUGUUUCAGGCCCACGCGUUGAAAACGAAGAGCAGGCGGCAAAGCGUUAACUUCUCGCUCCUUGGAAGUGGGCAGUGGGCGGCUGAUCGUCUCAGGCCAACCAGAGGCCCGUUGCCCAGGCAACUCACCAGCUCCGCCUCUGAGGAUUGGCUGCUGCGAUGGAAGUCAGCCAAGCUUUAAAGGGACGCCAGCGAUUGCUCUUUUGAAAGAAAGAAAAAAAAAAUCUACCAGUCCCACUGUGGGUGGAGAAAUAAAUGGUCUUUCUCCUU